AGCGAUGAUUAAUUUGCCUGUUUAAUGAGCAGAUCAUGAAGACAGGUGAGAACAGGUGAGACAGAAGAACCUCCAGCGUUUGUGCUCGAGGCUUUGUGAGUCCAUUCCACCCAAUGGGUGACGUUUCUGUCCCCAGGACAUUGUAUGUAUAAAUAUAUAUGAAAACUAACUCAAAAAAAAAAAAAAAUGAAAAGAAGCAUUUGUUACAUGUCCCUGCUAUCUAAACCUAAACUCUAUCAUGAAAUAUAAUCAUUAAAUUCUUUCAGAAAUCUUAUUUUUUUACGUUGUUGUGUGAUACCAUCUGUGCUUUAUUUUUAUUUUUUUUCCACAAGAAAUCCAUAAUAUGUUAUAUAAAAUACACAUUUUAGUCCUGUCCCCAGGUUUUCACUCAGUCCUGUUACGUUCACACAUUGACCCCUCUAAAAAACUUGAAACAUUCCACAAGACACAUUUUCAACAGGAAGUUGCAUCAUCUGGAUCUUAUGCAGGCCAUGAGAAGAUCGAAAAAAAUGGAGAGAACCUAUACUAUGCAGGUGCCAGAAACACCCACCCAUGGCAUGCUGCAAGGUAAGGAGUGUUACCCAGUGUUCAUUCCUGUUACCAAGUGUUCAUUCCUGUUACCAAGUGUUCAUUCCUGUUACCCAGUGUUCAUUCCUAUUGCCAAGUGUUCAUUCCUGUUACCAAGUGUUCAUCCCUGUUACCCAGUGUUCAUUCCUGUUACCAAGUGUUCAUUCCUGUUACCCAGUGUUCAUUCCCGUUACCCAGUGUUCAUUCCUGUUACCAAGUGUUCAUCCCUGUUACCCAGUGUUCAUUCCUAUUGCCAAGUGUUCAUUCCUGUUACCAAGUGUUCAUCCCUGUUACCCAGUGUUCAUUCCUGUUACCAAGUGUUCAUUCCUGUUACCCAGUGUUCAUUCCCGUUACCCAGUGUUCAUUCCUGUUACCAAGUGUCCAUUCCUGUUACCCAGUGUUCAUUCCUGUUACCAAGUGUUCAUCCCUGUUACCCAGUGUUCAUUCCUGUUACCAAGUGUUCAUCCCUGUUACCCAGUGUUCAUUCCUAUUGCCAAGUGUUCAUUCCUGUUACCAAGUGUUCAUUCUGUUACCCAGUGUUCAUUCCUAUUACCAAGUGUUCAUUUUGUUACCCAGUGUUCAUUCCUAUUGCCAAGUGUUCAUUCCUGUUACCAAGUGUUCAUUCCUGUUACCAAGUGUUCAUUCCUGUUACCCAGUGUUCAUUCCUGUUACCAAGUGUUCAUUCCUGUUACCCAGUGUUCAUUCCUGUUACCAAGUGUUCAUCCCUGUUACCCAGUGUUCAUUCCUAUUGCCAAGUGUUCAUUCCUGUUACCAAGUGUUCAUUCCUGUUACCCAGUGUUCAUUCCUGUUACCAAGUGUUCAUUCCUGUUACCCAGUGUUCAUCCCUGUUACCCAGUGUUCAUUCCUAUUGCCAAGUGUUCUUUCCUAUUGCCAAGUGUUCAUUCCUGUUACCCAGUGUUCAUUCCUGUUACCAAGUGUUCAUUCCUGUUACCAAGUGUUCAUUCCUGUUACCCAGUGUUCAUCCCUGUUACCCAGUGUUCAUUCCUAUUGCCAAGUGUUCUUUCCUAUUGCCAAGUGUUCAUUCCUGUUACCCAGUGUUCAUUCCUGUUACCAAGUGUUCAUCCCUGUUACCCAGUGUUCAUUCCUAUUGCCAAGUGUUCAUUCCUGUUACCAAGUGUUCAUUCUGUUACCCAGUGUUCAUUCCUAUUGCCAAGUGUUCAUUCCUGUUACCAAGUGUUCAUUCCUGUUACCCAGUGUUCAUUCCUGUUACCAAGUGUUCAUUCCUGUUACCCAGUGUUCAUCCCUGUUACCCAGUGUUCAUUCCUAUUGCCAAGUGUUCUUUCCUAUUGCCAAGUGUUCAUCCCUGUUACCCAGUGUUCAUUCCUAUUGCCAAGUGUUCAUUCCUGUUACCAAGUGUUCAUCCCUGUUACCCAUUGUUCAUUCCUGUUACCCAGUGUUCAUUCCUGUUACCCAGUGUUCAUUCCUGUUACUUUUUUGUUUUUUUAAAUAAAUAGUUAAACCACCAUUUUUAUCAGUUUUGUUUGGUCCAUCAACAUGUUUAAA